GACGCUCCAUCGCGCCUGCGCGGCAGCGGCUGCCCGAGUGCAGUGAAAUUCCGUGAGGUUGGGGUGGAGAGACGGGUGCCGAGAGGGGCCAUUCUUCCUUUCUCUCCCUCGGAGGCGCCUCGGGAGCGGCCUGCUCGGGCGGGGCUCGCGGUGGCGGCGGCGGAGGAGGAGGAGGAGGAGGGGAACCCGGGAGCGGGAGGAAGGCGGGGAAGGCCCCAGGAGCCCCGCCGGGGAGGAUGACGGAGCUCCAGUCCGCGCUGCUCCUCCGGAGGCAGCUGGCAGAACUUAACAAAAAUCCAGUGGAAGGCUUCUCAGCAGGCUUAAUCGACGACAAUGAUCUCUAUCGGUGGGAAGUCCUCAUUAUUGGUCCUCCAGAUACACUGUAUGAAGGUGGUGUUUUCAAGGCCCACCUGACGUUCCCAAAGGACUACCCACUCAGGCCGCCCAAAAUGAAGUUUAUCACCGAAAUAUGGCAUCCAAAUGUCGACAAAAAUGGUGAUGUCUGUAUUUCCAUCCUUCACGAGCCGGGCGAAGACAAAUAUGGCUAUGAGAAACCGGAGGAGCGCUGGCUUCCCAUCCAUACUGUGGAAACCAUCAUGAUUAGUGUCAUUUCUAUGCUGGCGGAUCCCAACGGCGACUCUCCUGCAAACGUCGAUGCAGCGAAAGAAUGGAGGGAAGACCGAAACGGAGAAUUCAAAAGGAAAGUUGCCCGCUGCGUAAGAAAAAGCCAAGAGACUGCGUUCGAGUGACACUUAGUUCAGCAGCUAGUAGCUUCACUUAUUUUCAGGGUCUCCGAUUGAGGAACAUGGCACUGUUUCCCCCCCGCUGCACUCUUACCCCCCUGUUUGCUGGACUCCUGUUCCGACCGCGUUGGCUUGGACACUGGCUUGAACUGGGGCCGCAAUAAUAAAACCACGCCAGUUAUUCGUGCUGACAAAAAAAAAGUGCCAACAAGGAUUUUGCGCGUUUUUGGAAACGGAACGGAACUGCUUUAAAACCCCUUUCGAGAAGAAUUGUAAAAGACGUGUACAUAGCACAACAUGACCCGGAUUGAUAAUAUAUAUAUAACUGUUCAUGUACAUCCACACACAAAAAACAAAACACACAGUGUACCAAAUAAUAAUGCUGUCUUCUGGUAGCUAGAAUCGUGUAAAUUCUCGAGAUUUUUUUAGCAGGUUGCCCCUUCUCCCCUCCUUUUUCCCCUCUCGAAUCCAUGUUUUUCUUUUCUUACGGAUCUUUAUAAAGGUUCCUUGUAAAGCAUGUCAAAUUAGGAUUUUAAACAAAUUCCAUGUUGACUUCCUCCUCCUCCUCCUCCUCCUUUGGAACGCCCUUCGAAUCCCCUCACUUUAAUAAAAGUUUACUACCUUUGUAACUCCUCCCUCACCUUUUCCCAGACUAAUACAACACUGAGGUCUCUUACUUGAUUCUACCAAGGACUGGAGCACCGGCACACGGAGGUGGUGCGCAUUUCCCAUUGUGUUUUGAACCAGCUUCGAUGACUUUUCCCUCCGAAAAAGGGCUGAGAUCCAUUAUUCCUGCUUGGGAAGCGGUCGGCAGCAACCAGUUUAGCCCAAUUGUAAGUUGAACUGCUUUCUUUCUAGAUUUUCGUUUUUUCCCCCCUCCUUUUCUUGCCUGGUUUGACGUUGGAUUAAAUAAAGGCAUGCAGGACUGUAGGCUUUCCAACGAGUUUCUGGUUUUGCGAUGAAAUGCUCUUCUCUCUCCUUUCCUCUCUGUUUUUCCUCCCUCCUUUCAUAUUUUCUUUCCUUCCUGCGGAUUUUUCCCCCCUUACUUAAUGUAUAAAGAGAAAUUGCGAUGUAUAUUUUUCAUGUAACUUGAUUUUGGAAUUCUGUCACCUUCUGUAGUGAGUUCUUCCAAAAUAUAAAUUUUUUUCCAAUA